CUUUGAACAAUGUUGGAGCUAGAGGGAAAAUAAUGACUGACAUGAUCAGAGUUUGAAAAUGAAAUUGUUUUGCCUCAGCAUUACCUGGAGUUGCUUUUUCUUGAUCUUAUUUCAAAUACUGUGUAUUACUUUAAGUUUUCAAUACUUGGCAAUUUCAAUUAUUAUUUUUAGUUUUUUAUACUUGGCAGCAGUAUCUAAACUAAACAGCAAACUAUAGAAUAUGAUUGAUUAUUCAGGUUAGACAUGCAAGUGUAUGUAACAGCGGUGAUUGGGGAAGCCCUGAGUGCAGUUCUUCAAGAUCACGUGUGGUCCGGGUGGAUGCUCAAAAUUCAGAGGAGAGAGACGUGGGUGAGCAAAUAAAGUGUUUAGUAAAUCUUCAGAUCAAGGCAUCUUUCUACAUUGUAGAAGAAGGCUUGAUGAACUUGUUGAGAAACCGUUUGGAACUAGAACCCGAAAACUGGGUCAGCCUGUUGUGCGGGUAUGUGGAUCAUUUCGAGAGCAUCACAUCAGAAGAUGUCGGAUGGGGAUGCGGAUGGCGAAAUAUUCAGAUGAUUAGCUCUCAUUUGCUCAAACAAAGGCAAGAAGCAAGGAACUCUCUCUUUGGUGGUUUGGGUUUCGUGCCUGAUAUCCCUUCACUCCAAAGAUGGCUUGAAAUUGCAUGGGAACAAGGCUUUGAUGAAACUGGUUCGAAAGACUUCGAUAAAAAAAUCUAUGGAAAAAGAAUUUGGAUUGGAACUACUGAAUGUGCCACCCUCUUCAGGUCUUUUGGUCUUCGAGCACGAAUAGUUGACUUCUGUAGUAAGACAAUUGGACCAAAGGUUUGUGGACCUAUGGACAAAUAUGUCUCCAUGUGGAAAAAAAAUGUUCACCAGGAGGUAUCCUUUACCCACGACACAAAUGUUAAGGGUCAGGAAGCUCUCAUUGAUUGGGUGUGGAAUUACUUUUCUGACCCUAAGUGUUCAACAUCUGAAAACAGACAUGUAAUUGUCAGUCAAAAAUCGUAAGUGAAUUUCAAAAUACUGCCAUGAUCUCAUGGAAAACUUCAAUGACUACUCGGAAGCGUAUGCUUGUGUUUUUAGUUUUAUAUAUUUGUAGUGUCACUCAAUAUAGAGCCGGUUUCUUGGUUGUUGAAAUUGCUGAAUUAAACUGAAAUAAUAUGCCAUAUCAGCCAAAAAAAGUAAGGGCAUGGCUGAUCUUUUGGCUGCAAAUUAUUAUUAGCGGAAUCAACCCAUUCGAGCUCACCAAACGAGAUCUUAUUCUACAGGCCGCUGUACUUCCAACAUCAUGGUCACUCAAGAACAAUUGUUGGGAUUCAAAAGAAAUGCCAGAGGAAUGGCUCAAAGCAAUACAAUCUUUUGAUCUUAGACCCUGGCCAUAGAACCAAAGCUCUUGAAAAAUCUCUUGACAAUGAUGGAUGGCAAAGGCUAAUAAAAAGAGGUGUCCACACACUGAAGAAGCCAUUGUAUCAGUUGUGCUUUAUUGAUCCUGCAGUUGCUUGUGGGGAAGAGAUGGAAGAACUGAAAAUUUUACAGAGCAUUCGUCAAGAAUUCUAGCCAGGCUGCUAAUAAUGCAUUAUUUUAUGCAUCAGUAUAAAAUAUUAGGAAUUUAAGGAGGUUAUAUAUCAGUAUAUGCAUCAGAAUUUCAAGGAACUAUCACUGGUAUGAGAUUUAAAACACCGUAUAUAUGCAUUUCAGACUUGUUUGGUUCGGGUAUUUGGGAUGAAAGGGGAGGAGAUGAGUGAUUUUUUCACUAAUCAUGUAUAAUUUGUUAGUUUUAGACUUUUAGACUAGAAGUAACUAUAUCACUAUAUGAUUAGUUUUGAUAGGGAGUAUAUGAUUGGUUAGAUCAUUUAUUUAUUUCCAACCUAAAUUUGGAAAUCAUAUUAAAGGUAGUAUUGCCCUCCCCUCCCCCCAUCUGAAAUCCUUGAACCUAACAAACCCUUAGUGACCUGUUUGUUAAUUGUUAUGCAUUCGAACUUAACCCCUCUCGAGUUCACAUCUCAGGUUACAUUAUAAGGGCCGAGUGGCUUCUCAGUUGCAGAUCUUUGCCUAAGGCUAAUAGGCUAUGACAACUGCUCCGUGGGAUUAGAGGUUCUGUUUUGCAUCACUUUGUAAACGUGAACCACCAAAGCUGUGCUGUUUUAUUAUCAUUUCCCUGUCUUCUUUACUACACUAUUUACUUUUAAUGGAAAAUUAUUAUUUAUUAUUACUUGC